AUGUCUUACAUUCAAAGAUUGGAUACCAAAAAGGAUAGAAAGUAUGCUCUUAUGAAUAUACGUAUCCCUUCACAAGCCGACGACGCCGGUCCUCGAGGUUCGCCAAGGCAUUCAACCCAAGGGACCUUGGGCUUCGACACAGGGCUUAACAAAGACCUGCGGUUCCGGGAAGCAUUUCCCAGCACUAAACCACCGGCCAGUUUACACUCAACCCUCAGUAGCGCCCUUCUGCAGCAUAACACACUUACAGAAGAAGACCAUUGCACUCCAGAUCUCCGCACUUCUGAACAAAGCCAACACAAGCCGAUCCAGGUGACACAUUCAUCUAUGUUUGUUCCGCAGAUAACACCCAUCCCCAGACAGUAUCUGCGAAAGCCGAAAGGUACCCCUCCGUCUAUUCACCCAGUAUUUUAA